AGGCUUACGCUACCACCUGGAAGGAACUGCUGAAGCCCCCAGGUGUUCAGGGGCCAUUUCCCGGCAGGUUCCAUGCAGGAAGUGCCACACGGAGCUCAUCCCUGUGUCCAACUGGCUGCACAGACCACAGAGGUUCCUGGUGGUUAUUGACAUGCUCAAACCAGAGAACCUGGAAAGCAGUUCUGUGCUGCAGGGGUGUUCCUACAUGGACGUGCCAAGCUCUGCGAAGAAGGACUACCAGCUCACCUUCCUCUCCUACAAAGAAGGAGUCUUCAGGGCAAAGGUGACCUUCCUCAAUGAGACAACCGGAGAGUACUUGUUCCACAUGGUGACUUUCAAGGUGGUGGCUUCAGGACCCAUGGGCACUGUUCAAAUGAGCACCGCUGUUCGGCAGAGAGUGUCCUCCAGCGUCAAGGUGGACAACCCUCUGCCUGUCCCGGUGACGUUUGACAUCAACUGCAAAGUGCCCGACGUCAGCGUUCCCCAGCACUUUACUGUCCCUGCACAGUCGAAGGCGGAUCUUGUCUUGGAGUAUCAGCCCCUGCAAACGGGUGAGAGCAGCGGGCAGCUGGUGCUCCAGAGCAGCGACUUGGGCUCUCUGUUUUACACCCUGCAGCUGAAAGCCACCUGGAGCAGGCCAGAGAAGCCCGUGUAUUUCCGCACCAGGCUGGGCUCCCGUCAGACCAUCACCACCAAAAUACGGCAUUUUGCCCAGCAGAAGACCGAGUACCUCGUACAGACCGACUGUGCCGACUUCCAGACGGCAAAAUCCAUCAGUGCGGCACCCGCCAGUGCUGGGGGCUCGGACCUGAGCGUGGAAGUGACCUUUGAGCCCUGCCAGCUGGGCGAAGCCAAGGCCACGCUGCAGCUCAGCUCUGCAUUGGGCGGGCAGAACGUCUUCCGGAAGGCCACGGCGUUCCAAUACGCAGUGAAGCACCCGGGCUUCACCGUCAGGGCCCCCGAGGUGCUGCGCGCCAAGAGCAGCACCACCAUCACCGUCUCCUUCGCGGGCGGCCCGGCUCCUGUCACCAGCAGGCUGGUGGUCUCCUGCCCUGGGGGCUCCUGGAUCUACCACCUCCGGGGCCUGCCCUCCCCCCGCAAGUGA